UCCUCUCUAAUAAACCAACAUUGACCUACCUCACAUACAUACACCUCUAACCCAGAAAACAACAUUAUCAAUCUCUGAAGAGUCAAGCCAGCUAAACCAAACAAAAUGCCCCGCCCAACCACCCGCCAAGAAGUGCUCGACCGUCUCCGCAAAACCGUCGCGGACGGGAAGAUCAUCGUCGGUGCUGGUGCUGGAAUUGGCUUAACUGCCAAAUUCAUCGAAAAGGGCGGCGCUGACCUCAUCCUCGUGUAUAACUCGGGCCGGUUCCGUAUGGCCGGUCGAGGUUCGUUGGCGGGGAUGAUGCCCUAUUCUGAUGCUAAUCAGGUCGUUGUUGAAAUGGCCUCCGAAGUUCUCCCUAUCGUCGAAAACACCCCAGUACUAGCCGGCGUCUGCGGCACCGACCCCUUCCGUGACAUGUGCACAUUCCUCACCGAACUCCGCCGGCUCGGCUUCAUCGGCGUCCAAAACUUCCCCACAGUAGGCCUCAUCGACGGUAAGUUCCGCCAGAACCUCGAGGAAACCGGUAUGGGUUACGACCGGGAGGUGGAGAUGAUUCGGAUCGCGCACGAGAUGGACCUCGUCACGACGCCGUACGCCUUUACUGUGGAUGAAGGUGAGCGGAUGGCGCGCGCCGGUGCGGACAUCAUCGUUGUCCAUGUGGGGUUGACGACAUCUGGAACCAUUGGUGCACAGACAGCGCUAUCCUUGGAUGACUGUGUUACCGUGAUCCAGGAGAUUAGGGAUGCGGUUGUAAAGAUUAAUCCGGAUGUUAUUGUGUUGUGUCAUGGGGGGCCGUUGGCGGGACCUAAGGAUGCGGAGUACGUAUUGAAGAGGACGAAGGGGGUGCAUGGGUUUUAUGGCGCGAGUAGUAUGGAGAGAUUGCCGGUGGAGAUGGCCAUUCAGGAAAAUGCCGAGGCGUUUAAGAAGUUGCAGGUUAAUGUUUAGUAUGUCUCUUUUCUUGUCUCCGGGUGAUGCGAAUUGUAUGUAAGCCGCGCUGCAGGCAAGUUUACCGAUCAAGCUGAUGGAUAUUCCCCGUCUUGUCGGCGCGUCACCGGGCCAUGCGUACGGGCUUCGGCUACGUUCGAAGCCUCCUAGAUCGGACCCGAUGGAUGCCAUCCUUGGGUCAGCAAGCCAAUCGUGAAUUGGCAAGGCUAAGCAUUUAUUGGCUCUCUACUUUCAGACAUGAUUAUUGGAGGGUCAAGAGACAAGCACGACAAGCAUUUUUGUACCUUCCUAACACGGUACUCUUUGGCGCUGCCCCGUGGAGUCCCG